UUACCACUGAAGUGGAAACCGGGCGCUGAUCUGAUGACUAAAAGGCUGCUAAAUGUUUGUUCGGAUAGCUAUUCAGUAGCCCCAACAGAAUGGGCUGAUGGUAGUCGGUCCGACAUGGUUUACGCGUCCAAAAUCUUCCCACCUAUAUUAAUUGAAGUUCAAUACCAUGUUGAUCAAGAAUUUAUGUUCAGGCUUUUAAAAUACUGUUCAAAUGUUUAUUUCCGUUACAAAGAACAACCCGUCGUACUUGUCAUAGUGACUAAAUCCAUUUCUAGCUCUGAAUUUAAAAAUGAAUUCGACCUCCAUGCCGAUGGACUUCUACUUGAGGCAGUUUCCAAAUUCUGGGCUAAGCGAUGCUAUCUGUUGACUUCGGAUGCCGUGUAUAAUCAUUUCGACAAAGCAAACUUGAAUCCUAUGGCAGCACUGGCUUACUUCUUUACACACCAUACUAUGACUCAAGUACCGCGACAACAUUGGGGAGACCCAAUGCUA